GAAGGAGAAUGUUCUACGAGGAGACUCGGAGAUAGUACAUCCGAUGAUUGUGAUAUCAAUGUAAGUGAAACUGACUUCUCUGACAUGAAUCAUGAAGAGAAACAGGAGUCCGAUAAAAGAAAACAGAGUGAAUCCGAUCAAAUUCAGACCAACAAGAAUGAAGAUAAUCCAGCACCUGCAAUAAAUCCUAUAGAUUUACCAACGUUGAUAAAUCAAGGUCAAUUAUCGACUUUAACAGUUACAAAUCCUAUCAUCCAAACCCCGGGGACUCCACCGCCAAGGCCUAAUGUCAAUGAUAUGCAGGUUACUCCUCAAAAGUCGGUGCUUUUUAAGGAAUCCGUUACCUAUUUACAAAAUCAUAUAAAGAUAGAUGUAAAUGAUCAAGGAAUGAUCAUAAAAGACAAUCAUACUUAUGAAGAAAUCUCAGCAAUUCAAUCGGUAUAUAAUGAAUACAAAUUUCAUUGGAUCGAAGUUGAAUUGGAUUGUAAAAGGGAAGUGAAACAGAUAUUCCCAAAGUUUGAUUUACCUAUAAACCAAGCUGAUGGUCUCGGAAUGCGGAAUUCGAGUAACAAGGCGAUCGUUUUUAUCGAAGUACUGGGUGGGCCUGAAAACACAGAUCAAAAAAAAUUAAAAGAAGAUUCAGAAAAGCUUCUGAAAGAAGCCGUAUUUGGUCUUGUUUCCCUGUUACGAAAUUAUUUGGACAAAAGUGCGGAAGAAUCGAAACAGUUAUACACGUUCAUAAUUCAGGGCAUCGGUAACUUAUUUAGCGAGCUCGAAAUUCAAACGGGAGUGAUUAAUAAAUUAAGACUAUCUGAAUCAGUCGAUGGCGUAAUUGUACCAAGAAUUCGUGAUUGGAUUUGGCUGCCAGAUUCGAUUUCUGCAUGGAAAUGUGAAUAG